CUCAGUUGGAGAUGUACGCUUUCUCAUGACAUGAGAAGGAGUUGCCACCUCAUAGAUCCACGUUGGCUGGAGUUGAGUAGAUCAGAGCCACAUUGUCCACGCUAUGUUUUGACACUCUUGAGACUGUCAUGUUCAGGACGGCCUCCAUGGACAUGCAAGCCACCUCUAUAUGAGCCAUGACUACAGCGCUCUAGGCUCGCCUCUGUCCCACCGUCAUAGAUUUUGUUUUAGUGCAGACAGGGUGUGACUGGCGGAGUCUUCUAGAUCCUUUUGGGUAUGUCCUUGAGAGCGUUCCUGGCUGAAAGAUCCAGCUCUCUCUCCUCGCCACCAAGGCACUGGCGAUAGCUUCGAAGGUAGUAAACGCAGCUGCGAUUGCAAGAGCAUGUAGGAAUAAUGAUGAACACGACAAGUAAAACGAUUCAUAUCAGAAGCAGUCCGAAUUGUGAUCAGAUCUCUGGUGAUUUCCGAUUUGAUUGAAGUUGUAUAUAUAUACAGCCAUAUAUGAAUCAAUGGGUGGGUUGAAGUGAAAUCCAUUCUUCUUGCUCCGCUUUUCUUUCAUGGUAUCAGAGCUCAGUUUCUGAACUCUUUCUUCUCCUUUCUUUGUGCCUCACAUCAUGAGCUGCAGCAAAGUUGGAUUGAUCUUGCUUCAGGGAGUCACUGCCUUUGAUGGGAGGAGAGGGUUCAACACCUGGUCUGAGAAAAUGAUGCGCAUGCUGCAGAUGGAAGAACUCUGGGAAAUCGUUUCACCACCGACAAUCGCUGCAGAUGCUCGUAUGCGGCAAGCCCCUGCUGCAUUGGGAGCUUCAACUUCGGUGGAAGGAGAAGUCGUGGAUGAAGAGGCAAUUCGUGCCUUUGUUGCAGCAGCUUGACAACAGCUUGAUCCAGGGGAACAAGCUGCGCUGGAGAAGAAGGAAUCUCGAGCAAAAGGAUUGAUUCUUUCUAAGCUUGCAGAUGCCCUUAUGAUGCGUUUGCGUCAUAAGAGUGCUUGUGAGAUCUGGGCUCAUCUCCACAACAAGUAUGCUGUUCUUUCCCUCUCCAAGAUCAGCACGGUCGAGACUUGCAUUCAUGAGACCCAUUUUCAUCCAGGCGAGAACUUUGAAGAGUUCCUCGCCAAGAUGCAAGAUUUGUGGAUGGAGCUUGAAGGCAGUCCAGCGGCGUUCAACGAAAGCAAGAAAGUUCUGGCACUUUGCGAGGCCAUGCAAGAUUCUUCUUUUAGUUCUUGCAUCCCACACAUAUCAUCGAGGCAGAGGAGGCCGCGGAAGAGGAGGACAAGGCAGAGGUUGCGGGUUUAGGGGAAAUCCGCAGCAGCAGCAGAAUUCAGGGAAUUCUGGUAAAGAAGCAGUAGUUCGGGAUUGUUUUGUGGGCAAGAACAAACAGGAAUGCUGGACCUGUGGGAUGCCAGGACACUACUCCAAGGAUUGCCUAGUUGCAGCUUGGCUGCAACGCAUGAACAUAGGGCUCGCAGCAAAUGCUCAGGAAGGGGAAACACGGGAACUUGCGGCAUCAUCUGAGGUUCAGAGAGACACCUGAUGCAAAGCGGGUCGAACUUUGUGCAGUUGCGUACUGCAAAAGGGAAGUGCAUUCGUGUGGGAGAUAGAAGCAUUUUACCUAUUUGCACAACUGGGGAUGUGCGAGUUCCACUGGGAAGAAAGUCUUUGCUCUUGAAGAAUGCAUAGUAUGUUCCAAAGAUAGUGAAGAAUCUGAUUUUUGUAGCCAAGCUUACGGAUGAAGGUCUGGAUGUGAAUUUCUCCAAACAUCAAUGUCAAGUUCUUGCAAA